AUGGCGCAGCCGCCACCACCGCCACGCCAGGAGGAAGAUCAGCAGCGACGUCAGUUGCGGCAAGAAGUCAGCCAUGACCUGGCUGCUAUCAGCCUUGUGUCGAGGAUCCCAGCGUUUUGGCGCGAUAUGCCGCGCAUGUGGUUUGUCCGUUUUGAAGCCGUCAUAGCGCACCCCCCGUGGAAAAACGCAGGUGCGAUAGGGCCUCAGCAUCAAAGCGAAGCAGUUAAGUUUGACCUUGUGCUAUCAAAGCUAGACAAAGAGGAGAUAAGCCAGAUUUCCGACUUGAUUGACGACCCACCAGAACAGCAACGUUAUACAGUGCUCAAGAAUCGUCUGAUGAAGAUAUUUCAAGAGAGUGCAGAGGCUCAGUUCCACAAGCUCGUCAAGGAGAUGGACUUAGGUAGUCAGCGUCCAUCACAGUUGCUUGCCAAGAUGCGUGAACUAGCGAAGAACUCAGGUACAGCAGGUGACACUCUUAAGAACCUGUGGAUGACUCGACUACCGGGUUGGGUACGUGCUAUAUUAGCAAGCUCAAGCGCAGACACGAAGCUUGAUGACCUCGCGAGCAUGGCAGACAAGAUUAUGGACAAUCUACGGAGUGGUGACAUAGCAGCAGUGGACACACCGACGGCAUCUACAUCAGCCGUCAAAUUGGAGCUGUUAUCGCAAGUAAGAGACCUGUCAAUGGAGCUCAAGGCCUUACGGUGUGAGGUGAACAGCAUCAGAGGACGCGGCCGACCAUUACAGCGCGGAAACGGCCGCUGGGGUCGCAGCAGAUCCCGCUCGCAGUCCAGGCCAAGACGUACACCACAGAGCCCUGACUGGUUAUGUAAGCAUCACUACCGAUACCGCGGAGCAGCGUGGAAGUGUGAGGCGCCCUGUAACUGGGUAAACAAGCCUACUGUGCAGAGAGACAAUACGAACAGUCCGGGAAACUAA